GGUCACAUGAAUCGAAUAUGGCGCGGAAAAUGGUGUAUCAUGUGUUGCUCGCUUUUCUGUUGUUGACAAUUAUUUCUGUUGUGUCAGUGAGAUAUGAACCAAACUGGGAUUCCCUCGACUCUCGCCCUCUGCCUGCUUGGUACGAUGCCGCAAAGAUAGGGAUCUUCAUACACUGGGGGGUAUUUUCCGUCCCGUCAGUAGAAUCAGAAUGGUUCUGGUGGGAUUGGGAGGGUGCCAAAACCAAAACCGUUGUCGACUUCAUGAAAGCCAACUAUCCUCCGGAUUUCACCUACGCUGAUUUUGCCAAAAAUUUCAAAGCGGAGUUUUUUAAUGCAUCCGAAUGGGCGGACAUUUUUCAAGCCUCUGGGGCGCAAUAUAUUGUUCUAACGAGUAAACAUCACGAGGGAUUCACCAACUGGCCCUCCCGGUACUCAUUCAACUGGAACUCGCAGGAUGUGGGACCUGCCCGGGAUCUUGUCGGAGAGCUAGCGGCAGCCAUCAGAAAUAACACAGACAUGUUCUUUGGACUGUACCACUCUCUGUUUGAAUGGUUCCAUCCCCUGUAUCUACAAGACAAAGCAAACAAAUGGCAGACCCAGAAGUUUGUGGAGAGCAAAACUAUGCCAGAGCUUUACGAGAUAGUGAACCGGUACAAACCAGAUGUGAUCUGGUCGGAUGGUGAUUGGGAAGCACCAGAUACAUACUGGAACUCUACCAACUUCAUCGCCUGGUUAUACAAUGAUAGCCCUGUAAAAGACUCUGUGGUGACCAAUGAUAGGUGGGGUCAGGGGAUCAUGUGCAAGCAUGGAGGAUUUCUGACGUGCUCUGAUAGGUAUAACCCAGGAAAACUACAGAAGAGGAAGUGGGAAAAUGCCAUGACAAUUGAUAAGCAGUCUUGGGGUUACCGUAGAAACACAAAGCUUUCAGAAUUCUUGACGACAGAUGAACUUGUUGGCACUUUGGUGGAGACAGUCAGCUGUGGUGGAAAUAUGCUGGUGAAUGUAGGCCCUACCAGUGAUGGAAAGAUAAUCCCUGUGUUUGAAGAGAGGCUGCGAGAACUGGGUCAGUGGCUCAAGGUCAACUCAGAGGCUAUUUACGGAAGUCAUCCCUGGACUUACCAGAAUGACACUGUGACCCCCAAUGUCUGGUAUACAUCUUUAAAGAUAAGCAUGGAACAAAUGUUGUACGCAAUAUUUCUAGACUGGCCCACCAAUAAAACGGUCCAUCUAGGAGUACCAAAGACAGCAGAGUGGACGACCGUGUAUCUUGUGGGGAGGGAGGAUUUAGGUCCGGUCAACUUUACCACUCUACACCCCCAGGGGGUCGUCUUAGAGGUACCCCAGAUACCUCCACAGGAGUUGCCCUGCCAGUGGGCUUGGACUUUUGUAUUUCAAGGCGUGUUACAGUGAUUGAUCAGCCAAUGAAAAUGCUUGUCGCAGAGCAGCUUGUUGUCCCUUGACUGAUGAGUGUAUUCUUAUAAUAGGUGCUCUAAGAAUCUUUGGUCUGAAGAUAUUUGUGAUAUUCUUUGUGCAAUAACUCUCUGUGUAGCAUGCAUGGGCAAAUUUAUUACAACAAUAAAAUGACUGUUGUAAGUUACAUCAUAGUUACACAAUCAUUUAUAUUAAUAGUCACUUUAAUUUUCAUUUUGAAGCUUAAUUAAUGCAUUGCACAUUAUAACGUCUUUAGAUAUAAAAUAUUUGAACAUAGUUUUCUAAAUGUUAAAAACACUAGUUUUAAAUUAUAUCUGAAGAUCAUGCAUGAUCAAUUGUAAUCUUUCAUUUAAUAUCAAUAUAAAAAUUAUUAAAAGAAGCAAAAAUUU